GUGCGUGCGUGCGCUAGUGUCAGAAAGCAGAUAGGUCUACUCAGUGCGAAAGAAAAUUAAGGGAAAAGAAAGGGAAGCGAAGAGUAAAUAUAAGCGGUCACCCGAGCCCUUAAAAUAAUAUCAUUAACGGAAUUUCCUUGCGCUAGUGCUUUAUAUUUUCCAACCAACACAUCAUAUCAAAGUUGGAAAACGCAAUGUGGAUAUUUGUCAUCCGAACGCACAAUUCGUUUUGGUGGAGUGGGAAGACAACAGAAUCUUUGUUUUUAUAGCUAAAAGCGCGGUAUUAAAACGGAUUGGGCAGAGGUGGUAUUUGGUUGAAUUUGGCUUUGGACAUUUUUACAUAUUUUUCAAUAUCAAUAACAUUUUAAUUCCACGUCGUAUUUCAUCAAAUAUCCAAGGGAUGCCAGACCAAAUCUCGGUGUCCGAGUUUCUCUCGGAAACCACAGAAGACUACAAUUCGCCAACGACCUCCAGCUUUACCACCCGGCUGCAGAGCUGUCGGAACACGGUUAACGUCUUGGAAGAGGCUUUGGAUCAAGAUCGAACAGCGCUUCAGAAGGUGAAGAAGUCUGUCAAAGCCAUAUACAACUCUGGUCAAGAUCAUGUUCAGAAUGAGGAGACCUAUGGCCAUGCACUGGACAAGUUUGGCAGCAACUUCCUGGGCAGGGACAACCCAGACCUGGGCAGGGACAACCCAGACCUGGGCACAGCCUUCGUCAAGUUUUCAAGUCUAGUCAAGGAGCUGUCAGCACUGCUCAAGAACCUGCUUCAGAGCCUGAGCCACAACUUAAUAUUCACCCUGGACUCGCUUCUCAAAGGGGACCUCAAAGGAGUGAAGGGGGAUAUAAAGAAACCUUUUGACAAGGCAUGGAAAGACUACGAAGCGAAGUUCACCAAGAUUGAGAAGGAGAAAAGAGAGCAUGCAAAACAGCAUGGAAUGAUCCGGACAGAGAUUACUGGUGCCGAGAUAGCUGAGGAAAUGGAGAAGGAGCGCCGGCUUUUCCAAUUACAGAUGUGUGAGUACCUGAUUAAAGUAAAUGAGAUCAAGACCAAGAAGGGAGUCGAUCUGCUCCAGAACCUCAUAAAAUACUACCACGCACAGUGCAACUUUUUCCAGGAUGGCAUGACAACUGCAGACAAGUUGAAGCAAUACAUCGAGAAGCUUGCCGCUGACCUGUACAAUAUAAAGCAAACCCAGGAUGAAGAGAAGAAGCAGUUAACUGCUCUCCGGGACCUUAUUAAAUCCUCUUUACAGCUUGACCAAAAGGAGGUAAGCCACAUGUUUCAUAGCAAGCAGAGUGGCUACAGUAUGCACCAGCUCCAAGGAAACAAAGAGUUUGGGAGUGAGAAAAAGGGCUAUCUGAUGAAAAAGAGUGACGGGCUACGGAAGGUGUGGCAGAGGAGGAAGUGUUCCGUAAAGAGUGGGAUCCUCACCAUCUCCCAUGCCACGUCCAACAGACAGCCAGUAAGGUUAAACCUGUUGACCUGCCAGGUCAAACCAAGUGGGGAGGAUAAGAAGUGCUUUGACCUCAUCUCCCAUAAUCGCACAUAUCAUUUCCAGGCUGAAGAUGAACAGGAGUUUGUCAUCUGGAUCUCGGUGCUGACCAACAGUAAGGAAGAGGCUCUGAACAUGGCGUUCCAGGGGGGGCAGAGCUCAGCAGGAGAGGACACUCUGGAGGAUCUGACCAAAGCUAUCAUUGAGGAUGUACUCCGGAUGCCCGGGAAUGAGCACUGCUGUGACUGCGGCGCUGCAGACCCCAAGUGGCUGUCCACAAACCUGGGUAUACUGACGUGUAUCGAGUGCUCUGGGAUCCACAGGGAGAUGGGGGUCCACAUCUCCCGCAUCCAGUCAAUGGAGCUGGACAAGCUAGGCUCCUCCGAACUCCUGCUGGCAAAGAACAUAGGCAACAGCAGUUUCAAUUAUAUCAUGGAGGGAAACCUCCCAUCUCCAUCGCCAAAACCAACCCCAUCUAGUGACAUGACAGUGAGGAAGGAGUAUAUCAACGCCAAAUACAUGGAUCAUAAGUUUGCUCGCCGGACCGGCGUCACAGCAACCAGCAGGCAGGGAGAGCUGUACGAGGCUGUGCGCUCCCGAGAUCUGCUGUCACUGGUUCAGCUCUACGCAGAGGGGGCGGAGCUUAUGGAGCCGCUGCCAGAGGCAGGCAAGGAGGCUGGAGAGACGGCUCUUCACUACUCUGUGAGGACUGCAGACCAGACGUCUCUGCAUCUGGUUGACUUCCUCGUGCAAAACAGUGGAAACCUUGACAGGCAGACAGAGAGUGGCAACACUGCACUGCAUUACUGCUGCCUGUAUGAGAAACAGGAGUGCCUCAAAUUACUGCUGCGGGGAAAACCGGACAUUGACAUAGCCAAUCAGAGCAGAGAGACAGCACUGGACAUAGCCCGGAGGUUGAGGAACUCCCUGUGUGAGGAACCAUUGGUGGAGGCAGCAACAGGGAAGUUCAACCCUCAUGUCCAUGUGGAAUAUGAGUGGAGCCUGCGUCUGGAGGAGAUAGACGAGAGUGACGACGACCUGGAUGACAAGCCCAGCCCCGUGAAGAAGGAGCGCUCCCCACGGCCCCAGAGCUUCUGCCACUCGUCCAGCGUCUCCCCCCAAGAUAAACUCACUCUCCCAGGGAGCUAUGCUCCGCACAGAGACAAGCAGCGGAUGUCCUACGGGGCCUUUGCCCACCCCGUCUACAGCACCUCCACCGACACUCCUCCGUCACCUGGGCCCGAUGCUUCUGGGGCUUCCCUGGGGGGCUGGACCACUGGGAAAGGUGGCCCUCCCACCUCCCUGCCGCUGGGAUCCCAGUCUGCAGGCGGAGGAGGUAGCUCCACCCUCAAAAAGAGACCCCCACCCCCACCCCCAGGCCACAAGCGCACGCACUCCGACCCCCCCAGCCCCGUCCUGCAAGGCCCCCAGAGCAAAGGUGGGGUCGCUUGGGGAAGUGAGUCCAUUCCCCCACCAGGAAACAGGACUUCACCUGCUAACAAGUUUGAAGGAAUUCAGCAGCAGCAAAGCACUACCACUAGUAACACAAAAUCAACACUUGGUCCAAGGGUUCUUCCCAAACUACCUCAGAAAGUGGCACUACGUAAGAUUGAUACUAUCCACCUCCCCUCUGUGGACAAGCCCAGUCAGCCACCAGAGGUUUUCCAGAAGACAGAGUCUUCCCAGAAGUCCCCCCAGCCUCCUGACACCACAGCUAAACCCCCACUGACCCCUCUGGACACCCCUCAGAGAGCGCCUCUGUCCGAGAAACCCCAGCUGAGCGAGCUCCCCCCCAAGCCCCAAAUCUCUGACUUGCCCCCCAAACCGCAACUGUCCGACCUCCCUCCUAAACCACAGAUAUCCGACCUUCCUCCCAAGCCUCAACUCAAAGACCUUCCUCCCAAGCCACAACUGGGUGACAUCCCCCCGAAACCGUCCGUCAGUGAGAAACGCACCCCUCCAGACAGGGCAGGUACCAAGCCUGUGGCGGAUGGCCAAUUGUCUGGCCUACAAGGGGAGCCAUCUCCCAGACAGGCCAGUGAGGAGACCAAUGGGAGCCCACCAGGGGCCAUGGAGAUGCCUGUACCUUUGCCUCGCAAGAUUAAUACAGGCAAGAGCAAAUUAAAACGGGUGAAGACCAUCUAUGACUGUCUGGCAGAUAAUGAGGACGAACUGACCUUUGCUGAGGGAGAGGUCAUUAUUGUCACAGGAGAGGAGGACCAGGAGUGGUGGAUCGGGCACAUAGAAGGACACCCCGAGAGGAAAGGGGCCUUUCCUAUGUCCUUUGUGCACAUUCUGUCUGACUGACAUCCGGAGAGAAAGGUGUGAGACCGCCUCCCACUAGCACAAGCCCUGCCCUCCCCUGGCUUCACAUCGGACUGUGAGGGGAGUCUGUGUAAAUAGCUGCUGUGGAAACCCAAACAAACAUAACAACAAAGUAACAUGUAAGACAUAUCCCACCCAGCCUCAUAGUAAUGAAGACUUGUUUGUAAAAAUGCUGUGUUAUCCUGCCUACCAGUAUUACCAUAGCAACCCGGCAUGCACAACACUGGGUUUGCAGUAGCUAUUGGAAUCACGCACUUAAGAAUUCUUGAUGUACGCUGUAUGUUUAUAUGUUAGCAAAAAUAUAUGUAUGUCUGUUAGUGUCUUUCUACAUGUAUAUGUACACGUCAAGUGUAUAUCUAUGUACUUAACACGUACAUAAUGUUGUACAUAACCAAGUGUGCAUAGUGUACUUACUGUAAUUACCCUGCUUGCUUACAGAAGUAGGGCUAUCUUGUUGGUGUUCUAAUGUUAUACCCUUUUAGAUGGACUGUUUUAUGUCGUCAUCAUCAUCUCUUGAACUCCUGGAGGAAGGGCAUUCAUGGCCAUGAUAAGUUAAUUAGUUAUAUUGCAUUUAUUAUAAACCCUUAAAGGGAUGUGAAAAUAUAAAAAGUCAAAGGUUUUCAUACAUUGAAGGUUUGUUUAAUAUUGAUAUGAGGUUAUUUCCCACAGUAUUGGUCAUGUAGAUUCACAACAGGCUUCUGUCCCUCCAUUUAUGGGAAAGAAAAGCACUACUACAUGUCCAUUUUAGACCCAUUUGUUUCCCUCCAUUAGCAUGCUGCCUGUGUGAUAACAUCUAAUGGAAGUAAAAGCAUUUAGGAAUUUAUGCGAAUGUUAUGUUUGAAUGUUUACGGUCAAGGAAAAA